UCUGGUGUAUGCUGCUCACCAUGACAUCUUUCUUUGACAACUUUGACCCAAUCACAUUUGCUUGGGGGCGGUACUAGAAACACAUAAAUGAGACGGCCAACAGAGAGGUUUAGACAGAAGGCUGUCUGAGCGCCAGCUGUUCCAUGGACCAAUGGGAUCUCUGUUUUCCACAUCUCGCCAACAUUUCCUGUGGGAAGCCCUCGUCUGAUUGGUCUGAAGGUGUUCUUUUGAGAGUCCUGCAGCCCAUCGUCUGCAUCCUCACUGUGCUGCUCAACCUGCUUGUCAUCAUCUCAAUCUCCCACUUCAGGCAGCUCCACACCCCCACCAACCUCCUCCUCCUCUCCCUCGCCGUCUCAGACUUGCUGGUGGGAUUGAUGGCGAUGCCAGGUGAGAUCUACAUGAGCACAUCCUGCUGGUUUCUCGGUGACAUUGCCUGUUCUCUGUGGAUUUACAUGACUUUCACCGCAGAAUCCUCCUCGGUCGGAAACAUGGUGCUGAUAUCGGCCGACCGUUACGUGGCUAUUUGUCAUCCUCUGCAUUAUAACGUCAAAGUCACUGUGAAAAGAAUUCAAUUUUGUCUUUGUCUCUCUUGGGUGGCUGCUCUUCUCCACUGUGCCAUCCUUUUAAAGGACCAAUUGGUUCGUCCUGGAAUGUACAACUCGUGCCGCGGAGAGUGCGUGAUCGGUUCUGAGGUUUACGCAGGCAUUCUGGACCUCGUCGUAAGCUUUGUCCUUCCUCUCAGCAUCAUCUUCAUGCUGUACAUGAGAGUGUUUGUGGUCGCUGUUUCUCAGGCGCGAGCCAUGCGCGCUCAUGUUAAAUGCCUCAAAUUACAACAUUCUGCCCCUUUCAGAGCAAAGUCAUCCGAGUUGAAGGCGGCCAUGACUCUUGGUGUUCUCGUUCUUGUCUUUCUGGUGUGUUUCUGUCCGUACUACAUUGUCAGUCUGGUGGCUGAUAAUGAGAAUUUUGGUUCAGUGCCGAAAUUAGUUUUUUAUUUGUAUGGUAUCAACUCGUGUGUAAACCCCUUAAUAUACGCCCUUUUUUACCGCUGGUUUAGAAAAGCUGCUAAGCACAUUGUCACUCUUCGCAUUCUGCAGCCUGCCUCCCGUGAGGCCAACAUACUGUAGACUCAAUUUGCUCUAAUGUUUGAAAGGCUGACAAAAUCCUGUUGAUGUGUUACUGCAAUAUGACAGAGUGGUGAUGUUUUACCUGAAUGUGUCUUUUUUUUUAUCACUUUACUGUCAUACAGUUCUUUGCAGAGCUCCUUUACUAGACAGUAAAACACUCCACACUGUCUAUUGUUUCAUCGUUGUACCAUAUUUGCAAUAUUGUGUUGAUGAAUUACAAGCACUCACUAUGUCAUUAACCACCCUAGACAAAAGCACAAUAAGGACCAUUCGUAAAUGGAACGGAAUGAAUAAACAAAUAUUAUAUAGUAAUAUAUAUGUAAAGGUAUUUUGGAGUAUACAUGUGGAGAUUAUGCAUAUAUUAGUGUAUGUAUGUACUGUACGUAUGUAAUUCGACAGUUCUUGAUGGAUAAUGCACAGGUAUCUUAGGUCAUG